AUGUAUGAGCCAGUAGUCGAUUUGAAGGAAUUAGUUAAAAAACGGGGGAUUAUCAAGGGGAAAUUAACCCUUUUUGUCAAAUAUCUUAAUGCGAUUGAGGGCCCUCUUUCUGCUGAAAAAUACAUCGACUUACAGUUACGAUAUUCUAAGAUAACUAAAAUACUUGUUGAUUAUGAAAAUAUCCAAGAUUUAAUAGAAACUGCUUGCACGGAUUAUGAAGUACAACUUCAGGAGAGAGAGGCCUUUGAGAACAACUAUUAUACCAAUGUUUCUUUGUGUAAAAAACUAAUGCAAGAAUUUGAAAAUAGCAAACCACAGACAGCGCCACCCUCGUCUAAUAGUAGUGACAAACCACACUCUAAUUCUGUAAAAUUACCUGAAAUUAAGUUACCAACGUUUGAUGGAAACGCUACCAAUUGGUUGGAAUUUAGGGAUCAAUUUGAUGCCGUUGUUAAUGACAGUAACAUAAAACCUAUAUUAAAAUUGAAAUACCUACGAGGAUGUCUGACCGGUUCUGCUCUUAACGUAAUAUCUUCGUUGGACUAUUGUGAAGAAAGCUAUGCCAUCGCUUGGCGAUUACUCUGUGAGCGUUACAAUAAUCCCAAGGUACUAGUCACUAAUCACUUGCGAGAACUCUUAAGUAUUGAAACAAUUCAAUCAACGCCAUCAGCUUUGAGAACAUUAGUUGAUAACCUGUCGAAGCAUCUCAGAACCUUAAACAAGUUGUCGGUUAACACAGAAAACUGGGAUGUUAUAUUGAUUUUCCUCUUGAGUUCUAAACUUGAUAAAUUCUUACACCGUAAAUGGGAAGAAAAAACCAACUCACGUGAAUUGCCUAAUUUACAGGAUUUCAAGUCUUUUCUGCGCGCUCAGGCUGACCUGCUGGAAUCCCUGGGUUCUGACAGGCCGGAUGAGCAACCGGAAGCGAAUGGAACAAGGAAGGCCUUGGUGAUCGCGUCCUCCCCGGGUCAUGGUACAUCUCCAAAACCAUCCCCUAAACCUAAGGCUCACGCUGUUCCAGCAGCUACAGCAGCUUCAACAGGACUUCUGGCGAAGAUGGUCUCGCGACUACAUCGGGAUCCUACAACAACGUACCAAGUGGCGGAGCUCGAAGGGCCCAGCUCUCUCCGUGGGCACGAUGGUGGUGGUGAAGGAUGA